AUGGCGAACGUAGUGCCUAAAUCCUCCAUACUUGCACAUGUACCGGCACCUCCACGCAAUGCGUCGCCCUCGGGGUUGUGGUGGGCGCUUCUUGAACACGGGGAACAAUCAUCAAAUGGCUAUUUACUUACAUGUUUACCUUUUGGCCAGAAAAACGAAAGAAAGAAAAAAUUGUUUCUAACAUUGUUUAUUGUAGCUGCUGUUAGUGAGCAAUCAUCAAAUGGCUAUUUACUUAUUGCAACUAGUGGAGGUCUCAACCAACAAAGAACUGGAAUAACUGAUGCAGUUAUGGUUUCACGGAUCCUGAAUGCCACAUUAGUUGUGCCCGAGUUGGAUCAACAUUCAUUCUGGAAGAACGAUAGUGAUUUUCUCGACAUAUUUGAUGUGAACUUGUUUAUCCAGUACCUGGCGAAGGAUGUCAUGCUUGUCAAAAGAGUCCCGGAGAAGGUCAUGACAUCAAUGGAGAAACCCCCGUAUACAAUGCGUGUUCCAAGGAAGUCAGAACCGGAUUACUAUUUGGGCCAAAUACUGCCAGUACUCCAGCGAAGACGUGUAUGUAGGCGAGCUCGUUUCUGCUAUUAGUUCUUUUCCA